GCUGGCAAGAGUGUACUUGAAGUCGUCCGCUCGCGAUUCGUAUCCGACAGGUGUCUGUCGUGUUAGCUGCCGUCGUCGUCUAGCCAAAAGUAGAUUUCCUUAUAUUUUGAUAGCAAGUCGCCAUCACGAUGACGUCGAAUCAGCUGGUAGUAUGCGCCGCCGUGCUGUGGUGGUCGUGUGCCUCCGCCGGCAACGUAUUUCCCACGGUCGACCAAGUCUCGUCCGUACCCGACGCCGCCGAAGGACUGUCCAGUCUGGCCGACAUAUCGCGGACAAUCGAAGCUCAAGCGAUGCUGCUGUCGUCCGGCACGCCGUUCGACUUGUUGGAAGCUUGGAUGGCCGCUGACGGCGCCGGCGAUUCGGUCGAAGGUCGGGGAAAAAAAGUCAAGCCGGCCAAGAUGGCCAUGAUGAUGGCUGGUACGGCGGCCGCCAGCAUGCUGAUGAUGAAGGCCAUGGCCGCGAUCAAGCUGUUCAUCAUACACGCGUUUUUCGCCACCAAGCUGGGCCUGGUGGUCGGAGCCUACCUGUUGGUGUGCAAGCUGAUGGAAAUGAAACAAUCGCCGGCCAAGAAGUCGGUGCAGGUCAAGUGGGUGUCGGCGCCCCCGCAAUUCGACGAACACCCCCCGCAGGGGCCGCCCAUGAUGUCCCACUACCCGGACGCCGGCCAGUCGUCCUACGAGCCCCAUCAGGAGCCGCAGCAACACCAACAGCAACCCGCCGACCAGUACGGACCGCCGCCGCAACAGCAACAGUACAUGUCGUCCGGAGACUUCGGCGGCGGCAGCGACCUGCAGGCGCACUAUUCGCACGUGAGUCCGGUCACGUACAGGCCAACGAUGGUUAGCCACAAUCAGUCGGACAACAUGGCCAAGUCUGCGGCCAGAGUGAAGCCAUAAUACGAAACGGAUGCCGGCGACGAUCGAAUAUUAUGGUUAUUAUAAUUACUGGUACAUCAUUUAUGGGACAAAUUGUGUUUUUUUUUUUUUAAGAAAAAUACUCACCGCCAGUUCUGUAUGCAGCUCGCGUGCUGUGUCUAACUACAUCCAAGUUCCUCAAACCCAAUUAAUUGAUCAACUUAAAUCCAAGAUUCUCAGAAAAUUCCAUUUCAACACACCCAUAUACGGCUCUGAUCAUCUUCCCAACUCUUCAUUAGCCCAGCCGACUUCGCAACAAUAAUAAUGUAAGUGUUGAAUUAUUGUCCACGAUGAUCCAAGUGUACAGUGAUAUUAUGUACAUACAAUUUCAUAUUUUUUCGCAGCGUGCAAAACGAAUUUUUAAAUUAUUUAAAUUAAUUAUUUUAAGUAUCCAUACUUACAUAUUA